AUGUCCACCAAGCGCAUCAGCAAAGAAUACGCCGAAAUCUCGCAAUCCCCCCCAGAGGGCUUCACCAUCUCCCUCCCGCCCAACGAGUCCAUCCACACGUGGCAAAUCACGCUCGUCCCGCCGCCCGCGUCGCCCUUCCACCCGGGCAAGUACGGCAUCCUGCUCACCCUCCCCGUCGAGUACCCCUUCAAGCCGCCGGCCGUGCGCUUCACCACGCGCGUCUACCACCCCAACGUGACCAACGACUCCCUCGGCAACGUCUGCCUCGGCAUCCUCAAGCCCGAGAACUGGAAGCCCUCGACAAAGGUCGCCGCCGUCCUCGACGCCCUGCGCAACCUGCUCGUCGAGCCCCAGCCCGACGACCCGCUCGAGGAGAGAAUCGCCGACGAGUACCGCAACGACCGGCCCGCCUGGGACAAGAACGUCCGCCUCCACGUCGACAAGUACGCCCGCGGGGAGCCCGUCUUCCCCCCCGUCACCAAGUAG